UACUUAGCGAGUCUGGAGUACGAAUUCGAUAAGACUUCAUGCCCUUCACCGAGAGUGAUUAGGGUUUCCUUUCCCAGAUCUAAUCUUCACCCAAACCCGACCCCAAUUCCCCCAAUUCCAAUUAAUUUCUCGAAUCAGGUAUUUUAGUGUCUGGGAUUGAAGUUUCAGAUCACCAUUGAGUACUUCUUUCUUCUUCGAACGGAGGUGUAGGCGUCAGAAACCCUCGACGAAUUCAAGCUGCCAAUGCAAUUUGGGUUGGUUAAAAAUUGCUGGAGUUUUCGGAGGAGUAUUGGAAAAGUUACAGCCUUGUUUUGAGUGCGCCAAUGUCUUGGGCAGGACCGGAGGAUAUCUAUCUUUCUACAUCGCUUGCUAAUUAUCUUGACAAGAAACUUCUUGUAUUGCUUCGCGAUGGGCAGAAACUUGUUGGGAUUCUUCGUUCCUUCGAUCAAUUCGCUAAUGCCGUUCUAGAAGGAGCAUUCAAUCGUGUAAUCGUUGGUGAUAUGUACAGCGACAUUCCGUUAGGUCUAUAUGUAAUUCGCGGAGAAAAUGUAGUCUUGAUUGGGGAACUGGACACGGAUAAGGAGGAGCUCCCGCCACAUAUGACCUGCGUCUCGGCUGAUGAGAUACUACAAGCACAGAGAGCCGAGCGGGAAGCUUCAGAACUCAAGGGUACUAUGAAAAAGCGGAUGGAUUUUCUCGACAUGGAUUAAUGAUACACUAUGGUUGACGACACCUCUGACAGUAUGCAAUAUUUGCGCUACUUUGUGUCAAUAUUCAUUCUGAUUAAAUUCCCAUUCGGUAGAACCAUGCAUUGCGCCUUAUUUUCAUUUUCGUAGAAACAAAUAGCGAUUAGAGAGACAAUGUUGGUUUAGGCAGUGGAUUUUUUCUCCCUUUUUUUCGUCGGUCUGUCUGCGUGGGGGUCGACAAAUCCUUGGAGUUCUUCCAUAUAUUUUGUUUGGAGGGAUUCUGGAAUUUGUUGGUAUUGGCAAGAUGUAUAGACUAGUGGCAAUGCAAUGGCUUUUGUCAUCUGAUCUUAUUUGCUUUGCUGUGAUCUAAGCAGAAAAAGAUGUUCUUGUGAUUUAAUAGGGUGAUGUUUUAAGGGCCUUUUGAUCUA